GAAUGGGAAUGCGCCGGGAACAAGGGGCGCCACAUCCUCGUCUGACAUUCGGUUGCAGCAAACAAAUCGCGUCCACCGCCGCAAGCAAAAUUACCAGUUUGACCACAACCUGAGCAACGCCGGCGCGGGAAAAAUCGUGCAACACAUUUAUGGAACACAGUACUACAACAGCAACACCUCCGGUGGAGGGGUAGCAGCACAUCUUCAGGUGCAUGGGCAUGGUGCGAUGAACUACAACCUCGGAACAAAUUUGAACAUAAACCCCUCCGAUCGCGAGGAAGAAAAAGCUCUGAACUCCCUGCAAGAGGUGAAACGACGGCUGCAACGGGAGCGCGCUGCGCAGAUGGACCUCCGAAUAGAGCUGAAGACGGCGCGGAGCGAAAUCGCGGUGCUAAGGAACAAUUUGCUGUACCACCAGCACGUGCAGGGCGAAUCGCCGACGAAGUUGACGGCCAAGCAGGAACGGGACAUCCAGAAGGAAGUCUUGAUGCGAGAAGAUCCCUCACCCGGGGCUGACGCCGUCAUGGCAAAAAGCACAGCAGGUAGUCGUAGUCCAACGGGUCGGGGGGGUACCAAGAGGAAACAGCGACCGCUAUCCGGC